UUUUGGUAGUAUAUUUCUUAAUUUGCUGUAAUGGGUGUAGAAAUUAUCUGAAAUUGAGUUUGUUUUCUUUAUGGACCCAAAUGUUUUCUUGAGCUGAUUCAUCAAGUUCUUGAUUUUAGAAAUUAUCUGAAAUUGAGUUUGUUUUCUUUAUGGACCCAAAUGUUUUCUUGAGCUGAUUCAUCAAGUUCUUGAUUUUAAAUAAGAAAUGGGGAAUCAAACUCUUAUUGGGGAAAGUUUGGGUAGCUAACGGAGUGAGUUACUAAGAUACUCCUGUUUCUUGUUGUUUAUGUAUGAAAAAAUGUACCUUUUUUAUUUAUAUUUCCUUGAUAAAGAUGGUAGUAGUGUAUUUAGAUAUGCUUGUUUUGGUGAAGUGUUCUGUACAGUGGCGGAGCUAGGAUUUGGAAGUAUGAGGUCUGGGUUCUAAGAUUUAACUUUCUCAAGUGCUAGUAAUUGGAUUGUGGAUUUAUUUGGUGAUUUUUUUUAAAAUGCAUAUACAUGAUUUGAACCAAAGAUAUAUGCUAACUCUAUCAAUGUGUCUGUGUAUCUGCAAUCUUGUUUGUUGGUGAUGGGGGAAGUUGGUUAUCUCAUUGAGUGGUUGAAUUUUAAGGUAGCGGAAGUAGAAUAAUGUUGUGAGGAUGAGACCACUGACUUAUAAGUUAUGUUGCUCGGAUUCUCUUCAAGGUGUGUGUUUGGUACUCCAAAAAUAGUGCCUUUUUGAAGGAUUUGACAGGGGCGUAUUUACAUAUGGUUAUUUGGUUGAUUGGUCUGUGUAUCUGGAUCCAGAGGCGGAGCAAAGAAAGCUUCAGGAGUAUUGACUUCUAGUAAUUAUUGAUGGAACCAAACUGCCCAACAUCUAGCAACGAUUAUGCUGCUGACAUCUCUUCCAUCAGGCAAGCUCAAGUACGCAUCGAGCCCUUUGCGCACAGAACUCCUGUAAUCACCUCAGAAACUUUAGACUCUAUUGCUGGAAGAAAGUUGUACUUUAAAUGUGAAUGCUUUCAGAAGGGGGGAGCUUUUAAAUUCCGAGGGGCAUGCAAUGCUAUUUAUUCACUUGAUGAUGAUCAUGCUGCUAAAGGAGUUGUAACUCAUAGCAGUGGAAAUCAUGCUGCAGCUCUUGCUUUGGCUGCAAAGCUACGGGGCAUCCCUGCUUAUAUAGUUAUACCAAAAAAUGCUCCAAAAUGCAAAGUCGAGAAUGUCAAACGUUAUGGUGGUCAGGUUAUCUGGAGUGAGCCAUCGAUGCAGUCCCGAGAGGAUACUGCAAACAAGGUGUUGCAAGAUACUGGUGCUGUUCUUAUUCAUCCCUAUAAUGAUGGUCGCAUUAUAAGUGGGCAGGGUACAAUAUCACUGGAGCUUCUGGAACAGGCUUCUGAAAUUGACACCUUAAUAGUCCCAAUAAGCGGUGGUGGUCUGAUAUCGGGAGUUGCGUUGGCUGCCAAAGCCAUUAAUCCUUCCAUUCACAUUUUUGCCGCCGAACCAAUGGGAGCAGCUGAUGCUUUCCAGUCGAAGAUCAAUGGCAGGAUCACUAAGUUAUCCGAGGUCAACACUAUUGCCGAUGGGCUUCGAGCCUUUCUUGGAGACCUUACAUGGCCUAUCGUCCGUGAUCUCGUGGAUGACGUCAUAGUUGUUGAUGAUGAAGAGAUAAUACAAGCUAUGAGACUUUGCUAUGAAAUUCUAAAGAUUGCAGUGGAACCAAGUGGAGCUAUUGGCCUUGCAGCAGUUCUUUCCAGUAGUUUUAAAACAAAUCCAGCCUAUAGUAAAUGCAAUAAUAUUGGCAUUGUAAUUUCUGGAGGCAAUGUUGAUCUUGGUGUGCUUUGGAAUUCCGUUAACAAAUGAGAAACUAUGUAUUCAAUCUCUCCCCUCAUUGGAACAAACUUUUAUAUGAUUCAUGUAUUCUUGCAAUUUCUUGUUCUUUGUUUUAUGUUUCA